AACACGUUUCGUGCAUGUGUUUUUAAGUGUCGAUAAUUUACAAAUUACGGCUUAAAUAUGAAGCCGAAACUGAAGAAAUCUGCUAAACUUCUUCUCUCAGACAAAAUUGCAGAUGCUCUGACUGUAAAACCGAAAGCAGACAUAGAAGAUGACCAGGUAUUUGGCACUAAACCUCAAACCCUUACCAAGACGGAUUUGGGCUCUUCAGAUAGCGAAGAUGAGACUGCUAUUAGUGAUUUCCGUAAGAGGAAUAUUAAUUUAUUGAGCGAGGUAAGCAAAAAGUAUGAGGGUCAGGUUGUAUCGCGGAAAGAGUUGAAAGGAGACGACUCUGAAGAUUACGAAGAGAGUGACUCAGAAGACGAGGGUAACCAUGUGUCAGGCAAGGAUCUUACGUUGCACGAUGCCGAUUCCGACAGUUCUAAUGACUUGGACACGGAGGAACCACAACUACCACAGAUGUCGAAACAAAAGCUCAAAGCUUCAUCAGAUUCCGAAGAUUUUUCCUCUGAAGGUGAAAGUGAUGAUUACAGUAUAACCCAGUUUAAGAAGCAGAUAGAAGGCUCGGAUGAUGAUGAAAAUGAAGAUGAAGAAGAGGAUGAUGAAGAGAGCGAAGGUGAAGAUGGUGAAGGAUAUGAUAUCAGUCAGAUGGAUGAACCGAUGAAGGAAAGUUUUGAACAUGUUAAGAAGCAAAAUGUCUCGGAGGAAGCAAAGAAGGGGGCUUGUGUGAGGAACCAACUGCUCAUUUGGGAGGGGCUUCUAGAGAUGAGGAUACAUCUACAAAGAUGUAUGAAUACUGCAAAUCAGAUGCCUAUGCCGGAUACCUACAAAGAAUUGAAGCAGAGUAAUCAGUUCACUGAAGAAUGUAACACAGCUAAAACCAAUAUUGCUAGUGUUUUGGAUAAGUUUCUCACAUUACAAAAUGUGCUGUUCAAGAAUUAUCCAGAAACAAAGACAAUAGCUAAUAAAGUAGAAGGAAAAGACACAAAGUCAGAAAACCCUAACAAAACUAAAGUGGAUGAUGAUGAUGAAGAGAUCCCAAGUGACACAGAUAAUGAAGAGAUACCAUCAGACACUGAAGAUGAAGAAGAUGACACAAUAAAAAAAGACACAACGAAAAAGCAAACAAAUAUCACACCUACCAAAAAACGAAAGUUGGAAGACUAUGAAAAUGACAUUUUACGGUCCCACAAAGCAUUCAAAUCAUUCAGAGACUCAACAAUCCAGAAAUGGAAUGAAAAAACACGGUUAGCUGCUGCUACAAAUAUUAAAAAUAAAAACGCUCCUACUAACACUAUCUUACAACAAAUAUCGUACAUUCUAUCUGAUAAAGAGAAGCUACUUAAAAGAACUCAGUUGAAACGGUCAGAGUAUGACAUUAUUGGUUAUAAGAGAGAAACUACAGAAGAAGAGAAGGAGCAAAACGGAACAGAUGCCCCUAAAGUAAAAGACCGUAAAGAAGAUGAUGAGUAUAUUCCAGAGAUAUUUGAUGACAGUGACUUCUAUCACCAGCUUUUAAGAGAGUUGAUUGAAUGUAAAUCAGCAGAUAUAUCGGAUCCUGUUCAGCUGAGUAGGCAAUGGAUAGCUUUACAACAAAUGAGGAGUAAAAUGAAAAGGAAAGUGGAUACAAAAGCUACUAAGGGACGAAAAAUUAAGUAUGUAGUACAUAAUCAACUAGUUAAUUACAUGGCACCAGAGAAAUGUACCACUUGGAAUGAAGAGAGUACCAACGAAUUGUACUGUUCAUUAUUUGGUAAAAUGUUUGAGCAUAAUAAUGUAGGAUUAAAUGCUAAUUUAGAAAAUGGUUUUAAGGUUAAAAACUGAUGCUUUCUAGUAAAUUAGGUACCCAAUAAAACACAUUUUAUCUAUUCUAAA